AUGGAUAACUCCACUUAUAAUGCCACGGAAUCUCAUGUGAACGAUAUUCGGACGGACACUACUGACUGGUAUAUGGCAUUGCCACAGAGCGCCGUGAUAGCCUUCGCUACAGUCGAAUUCUCCAUCGCCAUCUGGACCAUCCUUUCCAAUUCCACCGUCAUCAUUACUUUCAUCAAGACGAAGCCUCAGAACGUUACAAACACCGAUGUUCUCAUCUUCAGUUUGGCACUGACGGACAUCUUUUGUGGACUCGUCGCCAUUCCCUACGGCAUCGUCAUGAAGCACCUAACUCGACUGGUUCCCGGUCUCCGCCGAGCUGUGCUGUUCAGCAAGUACGCCUGCCUCGGCCAGGUAUCCACCAUGGUCUUCAUGCACGGGCUGUCUCUACUCCACACGCCGGUGAUAGCCGCCGAACGCUGCGUCGUCUUGUGCAGCUCACGAAAGUUCUCUGCCAGGCUCACGCGUCGUCUGACCAAUGGGAUUGCCGUCGGUUGUUGGGUAUACGCUGCCAUUCUGGGUGUCCUGCCCGUGUUUUGGGUGAGUCGUUGGGUUCCGGGGAGCCAGUGCCGUGCUGACAAUGUCUACCAUGACUUCAUGACGUACGUCCUCCUUCCCCACAUCCCAAUUUCCUUCAUCACAUCGUGUGUCUUGUAUUUGGUUAUCAUAGCCUCGGUCACCAGGCAAAGAAGAAAAAUUGCCGUCUGGUCGGCGCAGAUGACUGAGAUGACAACAGAAUCGACAGCAGAGACCGCAUUGCCUAAAGUUGAUAUUUCCUCUCGUCCUACGAGAGCUUCUGGCAGGGUUUGGAGUUUGAACAAGUCAAAGGAUCUGAAGGAUACCAGCCGAUCACCCGGAUUCAGGGGACUCACCAAACACCAAUGGGAGUCCCAGGUACGGCUGGCCAAGAUGACGGGCACCAUAAUGUUUGUAUUUAUGAUGUCAUGGCUGCCUUACACCGCUGUGUACAUAGCGACCAAGAACCUGGGCCGAAGUUCAACGUGUCUGGAAGUCCUGAGAGUAGUCGCUGUUGAAAUGUCGGAAUUGAACUCUGGUAUUAACCCCAUUGUGUAUGCUUUCAUGAGCAAAAGAUUCAGAGAUGCAUGCAAGCGUACUAUCAAAUGUCUUGGUUGA